AUGCGCCUGGGGGCACUCCACGACGUGCUCAGGGCACACCUGGCGGACUCCAAGCACGGAGACAUCGUCAAGGAGGAUUGGUGCAGCACCAUCGCCCUGCGCGAGGAAGGACUGGCGAAGGCCUUCGUCCUCCUGGCCUCGCCGCCCAGCUCGGCGGUCGCGGUAUCCGAGAAGGUGAUGGGCAGGGAGGCGUGGUGCGACUUCUACUGCUGCUGGCACCGCUGGAUGCCCAUCGUGCCCGAGAGGGACCCGCGCGCACGCGCCCAGGCCGUCUUCGACUUCGUCCAGAUGCACUUCGCGGGCGGGGACCCAGACCCCCACGACGGCGGGCGGCCCCGGCUGCUCUCCGCGGACGGCGCGGGCGGCUUCGCGUUGCCGCGGAGGAGGGCCGUGGUGAAGCCGGACAGCCUCGACGUCUACAGCUUCGAGGCCCUCGUCAUGACCCUGGGCGACAGGGACGUGGUCCGCUCCCUGCGCCACGCGCGGAGGGCGGACGCUCUGGAGGUCGCCCCUGGGCCCCUGCGGCAGGCGGCCGCCGCGUUCCUGGCGCGCCCCAGCUCACCAACGUGGCCCUGGACGUGCUGCUGGGCACGAACCUGGCCCUGCUGUCGCUGUGGCCGGUCCAGCUGCCGGCGGACGGCGUGCUCCACAGCAGGUACAUCCCGUCGCGCUGGCUGCUGUCCUUCUGGACCGUGCUCUGGGCCGCGGAGAUGGGCCUCCGGGUGUGGGCCAACGGAGGCCUCGCACUGUUCUGGCUGGGCAUAG